AGCGGACGCGCGGUUUUUUGUGCCUUUCAUAGUAACUCGCAACUCAACAUCUUUCUUCAGGACGCUCGUGCGUGGCCGUCGGUCGGUGAGCGGCCGGGUCUGCGAAAGCUAGGGAGCAUAAGUUGUGAGGUUUUGGCGUGGUCUGACGACGACGACAUGCACAAUGUGCAAGACGAGGACGCAAUCCAGCCAUACGUCAAUCUUCAGCGAAUAACAUUCCAUCAAUCUGCUACUCCGUCAACAGAUUCAGAAUUCGACAUGUGCAAAGCGGCAGCAAGAAGAGGCAGCGCGAUUCCCUCUAUUGACCGAGAAAGCGAAGCAGAGAACACGGAUGGUGAAGUCACUUUCCGUGAUCAAGACAAUACUGACGGUGACCGUGAACAAGAACCUAGUCAAGUUUUUGAAAUUUUGUACGAUUAUGAAGCUCGAAAUAACGACGAACUGAACCUUACUGCGGGUACGACCGUGAAGCUAAUAAGGAAAACUGAGGAAGAGUCAUGGUUUUACGGUGAACGUGAAGAUGGCAAACGCGGUUUGUUUCCUGGAAACUAUGUGAAGCUUUUGGGGUCUGAUGCCAAGAUAAUAGCAGCGGAUGAGAUCUCUGAAUUACCAUCUGGUAAAGAGUAUAUAGGAAGGGGUGCAUCAGCCGAAGUCUUCAAAGUUGUUUAUGAAGGAGAGCUCGUCGCUUUGAAAAAAGUACGUGACACUUCUGACCUUGAAGUCCUGAAACGAGAGGCGGUUGUAAUUAAUCGACUUCGACAUCCCAAUAUUAUUCAUCUUGUGGGAGUCUGCCUUGAACAACCGCGUAUCGGCUUAGUACUGGAACUUUGCGACGGUGGUUCACUGAAAAGAUUGUGUCAGACUCUGGUCAAUUCAUUCAUUUCCGUGAGGGUGCUUGUCGACUGGGCUGCACAAAUCGCUUCAGCCAUGAAGUGUCUUGCUUCGGAAAAUCUUAUGCAUAGAGAUCUCAAAGCCGACAACGGUACGUAUUAUUUCAAAAAAUAUUCUCUUUCGGCUGUUCAAAUGAACGUUUGCCAGUUAAUAAUGGCAGGAAAUCAGCAAUAUGUUCGAUAG